AGCGCGCGAUUGUAGCUGCCUGGCGGCGGGAGAAAUUGCGCUCGCGCCAAGGGACGUUUGUCUGCGCUCGCGUGGUCAUGGAGGUGCCGCAGCAGCUGCCAGCCGCGACGACUCCAGCCCCCAGCCGGAGCCGAAGGCUGCUGCUGCUGCCGCUGCUGCUGUUCCUGCUGCCAGCCCAGGCUCAGCGUGUCUGGGAGGCAGAAGAGAGGCCCCGAACCCGUGAAGAGGAGUGCCACUUCUAUGCGGGGGGACAAGUGUACCCGGGGGAGGCGUCCCGAGUUUCAGUCGCCGACCACUCCCUGCAUCUCAGCAAAGCCAAGAUUUCCAAGCCAGCACCUUAUUGGGAAGGAACAGCUGUGAUAAAUGGAGAAUUUAAGGAGCUCAAGUUAACUGAUUAUCGUGGAAAAUACCUGGUUUUUUUCUUCUACCCACUUGAUUUCACUUUUGUGUGUCCAACUGAAAUUAUCGCCUUUGGUGAUAGAAUUGAAGAAUUCAGAUCUAUAAACACUGAAGUGGUGGCAUGCUCUGUCGAUUCACAGUUUACCCACUUGGCCUGGAUUAACACCCCUCGAAGACAGGGAGGACUUGGUUCAAUCAAGAUUCCACUUCUUUCAGAUUUGACCCAUCAGAUCUCAAAAGACUACGGUGUAUAUCUGGAAGACUCAGGCCACACUCUUAGAGGUCUCUUCAUUAUUGAUGACAAAGGGAUCCUAAGACAGAUUACUCUGAAUGAUCUUCCUGUGGGUAGAUCCGUGGACGAGACACUGCGUUUGGUUCAAGCAUUCCAGUACACCGAUAAGCAUGGAGAAGUCUGCCCUGCUGGAUGGAAACCUGGUAGUGAAACAAUAAUCCCAGAUCCAGCAGGAAAACUGAAGUAUUUCGACAAACUGAACUGAAAAAUACUUCCUCAGGUUCUGAUGCUUGAACGCUGUCAAUAAAGGACACCGUUACUACCACGUUGAGUUACACUAGUUAUUUCUUGGAGAAUAUAAAAAUCCAAGUCAGGCUUCAAAGAUAAUUUAGUGUUGAAGUCAGACACUGAGGCCAAAAGACAGGCACUUAUUCUCUCUCCAAACUAAGAAAUGUCCCCUGGAAUCAAACUAGGAACAACAAUAACUAAAC